AUGCCUUCCGUGCAAUCCACGCUGAUCGGGCUCACCCUGGGCGCCGCGCUGGCGGCUGCGGCACCUGCUCCGUCGCGCGUGUCGGAGCUGGUCAAGAAGAGCAGCUGCACGUUCACCGAAGCGGCGCAGGUGUCUGAGAGCAAGAGCUCGUGCUCGACGAUCGUGAUCGACAGCAUCACGGUGCCCGCAGGCGAGACCCUCGACCUGACGGACCUGACCGAGGGCACGACGGUGACGUUCAAGGGCACGACGACCUGGGAGUACGAGGAGUGGGACGGCCCGCUGCUGGAGAUCUCCGGCACGAAGAUCACGGUGAACCAGGAGUCGGACGCGGUGCUGGACGGCAACGGGGCGGCGUGGUGGGACGGCGAGGGCAGCAACGGGGGCAAGACGAAGCCCAAGUUUUUCUACGCGCACUCGCUGGACGACUCGGUCAUCUCCGGUCUGUACAUCAAGAACACGCCCGUGCAGUGCUUCUCGAUCGAGAGCGACAACCUGCUCAUCGAGGACGUGACCAUCGACGACUCGGACGGCGACACCGACGAUCUCGGCCACAACACCGACGGCUUCGACAUCGGCGAGUCGACCUACAUCACCAUCACGGGCGCCACGGUCUACAACCAGGACGACUGCGUGGCCAUCAACUCGGGCGAGAACAUCUACUUCUCCGGCGGGACCUGCUCCGGCGGCCACGGCCUGUCGAUCGGCUCCGUCGGCGGCCGCAGCGACAACACCGUCAAGAACGUCACCUUCAUCGACUCCACCGUCACCGACUCGGAGAACGGCGUGCGGAUCAAGACCGUCUACGACGCCACCGGCACCGUCGAGGACAUCACCUACUCCAACAUCAAACUCAGUGGCAUCUCAGACUACGGCCUCGUCAUCGAGCAGGACUACGAGAACGGUGACCCUACGGGCACCCCCUCCAACGGCGUCACCAUCUCCGGCGUCACCCUGACCGAGAUCACAGGCUCGGUCGACGACGACGCCGUCGAGAUCUAUAUCCUCUGCGGCGAUGGCAGCUGCUCCGACUGGACCGUUUCCGAUGUCGACAUCACCGGUGGCAAGACCAGCGAUGCCUGCGAGAACGUCCCUUCGACCAUUUCUUGUACUUAA